AUGUCGAAUAUAAAUUUAUUUCCUGAAUUGGAUAAUGAACAAACACAUGAACAAGAAUAUAAUAAUGGUCAUAAUGAACAUAAAGAAGAAGAAUUAAUUGUUUUUGGGUAUUCAUGUAAAUUAUUUCGUGAUGAUUUUUCUGCAAAAGCUAUUGAUCGUGGUCAAAGUCUAAUACCAUGGAAUGGCGAUGAAAAUGUUAUGAUUGACAGGUAUGAUUGUCGUGGUCAUUUAUCUGAUUUGACAUUAUGGGAUAGUGAUUUAAUACGAAAUAAACAAUCAAAUAAUGAAGAAAAUUUUUUAAAUGAAGAAGAAAAACGUAUUGAAGAAGAAUGUGAUCAAGAAAGAUAUUUAGAGUUAUAUAGAAAUAUAGAAAAAGAAGCUUUACAACAUGAAGAAACAAUAAAACGUAUUAAUUCUGAUAAAAAUGCUUAUAAUCAAGUUGGAUAUACUUACGAUGAUUCAAAUAAUUCAAAAGAAUCGUCAAAUAAAACAACGGAAGAAACUUCACAACCAGUUGAUGAUGAUGAUGAUGAAUAUGAUCCAUUUUAUCCCUCAGAAAAACUACAAAUACCUUAUGGCAUGGAUAUUCCUGAAUCCAUUAAAUUAAAUGCUGUGAUUGAAAAAACUGCUAGUUUUGUAUCUACUUCUGGUGUUCAAAUGGAAAUAGUUCUUAAAACAAAACAAGCAAAUAAUCCUCAAUUUGAUUUUCUUAAAUAUGAUCAUUAUCUUAAUCCAUAUUAUCGUCAUUUAAUUAUAAUGAUUAAAUCUGGAAAAUAUCGACCUAAUUUAGAUAAUAAUUCAGCUAAUAAUAAUCAAAAGAAAAAAUCAAAUAAAAAUGGUAUUGAUCAAAAUAGUAGUCAUGAUGAAGAUGAAUCAGGUGAUUCAUAUUUACAUCCACUUUUAAGAGGUGGUAAAAAUAAUGAUAAUAUAAAUUCAACAAAAAAAACUGAUGAAACAUUAUCUAAACCAUCAAUACAAAUGAAUAUUCAUAAUACAGCAUAUGGACAAUUAAUUAAAAAAUAUGAACAUCUUAGACAACGUGAAAAAGUGGCGAAAGAAAAUGAGGAAGAAAAAAUGUCACCGAAAACAGAAGAAAUAAAAAAUGAAGAACUCUCACCUAAAUCCGAAUCAUCUUCAUCAACAAAUGUAAUUCCACCACCUCCAGAUGUUAAACCAAUAAUAGAUAAAUUAGCUGAAUAUGUCGCACGUAAUGGUUCAGCAUUUGAACAAUCAAUUCGAACAAAGAAUGAUCCACGUUUUGGAUUUCUCGAACGUGAUCAUAUACAUCAUAAUUAUUACCAACUUAAAGUACAAUUAUGUGUGCAAGAUAUUUUUCGUAAUAAAACUGAAGAAAAUCAACGUCCUGUUAAUAAUGAUGAACAACAACUUGUACAUGGAAAAGGUAUUAAAUUAGUAUUAAAAACAAAUAUAGAAGAAUCAUUAACACCUACAUGUCGAGAAUUUAAUUCUGAUGAUGAUUCAAAUUCAAUGCAACAAAAUGAGCAAGAUGAUAAUAAUGAAUUUAUUGGUCCUCGUCCUCCUUCACCUGAAUUUCUUGAAAAAAUGCGUAAACAAGAACAACGUCGUGAUCGUGUUAGUGGUUUUGUACGCGAUAAAAUAGCACGUGAUAAACAAGAAGAACGUAAACGAAAAGCUGAAAUGCUUGUACAACAAUUAAAAACUAAAACAAAUGAUUUACCAUCAACUAUAAAUUCAACUGAAUCAACAAAUAAUUCAAAUAUAAAUCCAAUACUUGUUGAAAAAUUACUUAAUGUUAAAACUGAACGUCAAUCAUCAUCAUUAAUAACAUCUCCACAUCAACAUCAUCGUUCAAAACAUUCCAGAUCACCAACAAAAUCUCGUAGUCAUUCAAAAUAUCAUCGUCGGUCACGAUCAAGAAGUAAUCAUCGACGACAUAGACGAUCAGCUCAUAAACGAUCACGUACACCCUCAAAAUCUCGAAAUCGGCAUCACACGAAAAAAUCAAAAAAUUCAAAAUCAUCAAAAUAUAGUCGAAACCAUCGUCGUCAUCGUCAUCGACGUCAUCGACAUUCAUCAGCAUCAUCUUUAUCAUCAAAUUCAUCGUCAAUAUCAAGAUCACCAUCAUCAUCAUCAGCGUCAUCAUCAUCUUCUUCUUCAUCUUCACAUGAGCGAAGAAAAAAGAAAAAGAUAACAAAUAAUGAUGCUGAACAACGACAAAAUCAGCGUAAACUUAAUCCACAAUCAUCGAAAUGGGAUCAACGAGAACCACCAAAAGUUAAAUCUGAGGCAUCAUCUAUUGAAACAGCUACAGCUGCUUCAUCGUUAUCAAUCAACACUGAAACAACGUUAUCGAACAGUACUUCUUGA